CGGUAGUUUUGGGAUUUGUCGCUGGAAUUUGGGCGAACAAAAAAGUUCAAGAAUCUACUAAGCCUAGCACGACAGAAUUAGUUAUGUUCAUCUCUUUUCCUGGCGAGAUUUUCUUACGUAUGUUACAGCUCCUUGUUCUGCCUCUUGUUGUAUCCAGUGUGAUCGUCUCACUCGCAAUUUUAGAUAAGAAAUCUGCUGCAAAACUUGGCAAAAGAUUUGCUUGUUAUUCCCUCGUAACCACGCUUCUUGCAGUUACUACCGGUGUUAUACUUGCUUCACUUAUAAUCAAUCCUAAAGAAAACGAACUUCAAGAAAAUAAAAACGGUGACAAGAGCUUAAAUGCGGUCCAUUCUGUUUUAGAUAUGAUAAG